AUGAACCAACGGUUUCUUACAACACUAGGAGGAAGAGCAAGCAGCGUUUUACGAGCAUCGUCAAGAAGUAAAAUAAUCAGCUCAAGUACAGCUGCUGUAUAUCUGCAUCGCUGUAAGUCUUCAACGUCGACACACGAAGAAGCUACAGUCGAUUUAACGACUUCGCAAGCUCAUAUCAACCGCUAUUGGAAGCAGGUUACUGGAGAUACGGGUGAUCCAGCUUAUAUACCAGAAAAGACGUUACCAGACAUGUCCAACAUUCCUCCCACGGAAGAUGGAAUCCGAGAACUCUUGCUCAAAGCUAUAACUGCCAAAGCCGAUCAAGGUGAUCUGGUGCCCUCCCUUUUAACCCAGCAGGCUAUUGAUUUCUAUCGCACCCUCGAGAUACCAAUGAAGGCCGUGUACCUACGCGUCCUCGCUCGAGAAUUCGGCGUCGACAAGAAACAUGCACUUGAAGCAGCCAUCGAAUUCACGAAAUCAGGAACCAUGAGUGAUCGAUCUGCUGUACGAGCUGAAGAGGUCUUUAAAAGUGCGCUGGUGGCUCCAUACCAGCGCUUCUUUCAGCAAGUGAUUCAAUUAGGUGGUGGUAUGUCCUGGUUGGUGUCGCUGAGAGCUGAUGUGUUGGGGUUACUGGCUGAAGAUAAUGAUCCCUGGUUGCAUGCCAUUGACGGAUAUCUGAAGCAUCAGUUGUCUAGCUGGUUUGGGGUUGGGUUUUUGGAUCUGGAGCGGUUAACAUGGAAUUCACCUGCUUCGGUGCUUGAAAAGGUUAUUGCGUAUGAAGCUGUGCAUGAGAUCAAGUCAUGGACUCCACAUCUGAAGCAACGGCUGUCGCAAGGGCGAUUGUGUUAUGCAUUCUUCCAUCGUGCUAUCCCAUUAUUGCCGUUGGCAUUUGUGCAAAUAGCACUGGUUGAUAAGAUUUCAAGUUCAGUACAGACAAUCUUGAACGAUGCCAGCCCAAACUCGGAUCCAACCCAUCACAAAACCGCCAUCUUCUACUCAAUUACAUCAACGCAACGUGGUCUUUCUGGAGUAGACCUAGGGAAUUUCUUAAUCAAACGAGUGGUUGUAGAAAUCAAGAAACACAUCCCAACCGUCGACACAUUCUGUACACUAUCACCGAUACCUGGUUUCCGUAAAUGGCUGUCGACGCAGAUGAAUCAAGAGAUUGGAUCUGGUGCUCGUGGCGGGCUUUUAGAGGCUAGUGAAGUUAGUCGAUUGGUUGGAGCGUCGGGGAGUGCACUCGAUGCAGUUAAAAAGCUGAAUGAGCUCGUGUCGACUCACGAUUGGGUAAAAGACAAGAGUUUAGAAGAAUUAUUAAAACCUUUGCUACUGAGAUUGUGUAGCAGGUACCUGCUACUAGAAAAGAAACGUAGUUUCUGUCUAGACCCAGUGGGCAACUUCCACAUCCGUAACGGCGCUUCCAUCCAUAGACUGAAUUGGAUGGGUGAUACUCAAGUGAAGGGCCUGGUGCAAUCCUUUGGUAUCAUGACCAACUAUAAUUACAUCGUACCUGAAAUCGAAGCUAAUAAUCAGCGGUACAUGCAUGAUGGUAUUAUUGCCGUCGUGUCGACUGCUGAAGGAAUUCAUCCGACUCUACAAUGGGCUGUUGAACAGAGUGGAAGGAAGGUUAAGAUAGUGAGCUUGUCUGCUCCCUCGACGUCACCGCAUCUGUGA